UCGCGAUAGGCGAGACUGGGCUUCGCGGAAGUGAUUCUCCGGAAGCAGCAUGGCUGCUCCGCUCAACUGACCCGGCUCUACCUACCUGGUGAACCGCCGACGAGAUGCAGUCGGACGAUGUUAUCUGGGAUACACUAGGAAACAAGCAAUUUUGUUCCUUCAAAAUAAGAACCAAGACUCAGAGUUUCUGCAGAAAUGAAUAUAGCCUGACUGGACUAUGUAAUCGGUCAUCCUGUCCCCUGGCAAACAGUCAGUAUGCCACUAUCAAAGAAGAGAAAGGACAGUGCUACUUGUAUAUGAAGGUUAUAGAACGAGCAGCUUUCCCCAGGCGUCUCUGGGAACGGGUCCGGCUUCAUAAAAACUAUGAGAAAGCACUGGAGCAAAUAGAUGAAAACCUAAUUUACUGGCCCCGUUUCAUUCGACACAAAUGUAAGCAGAGAUUCACCAAGAUCACUCAGUACCUAAUUCGAAUUCGAAAACUUACACUUAAGCGACAGAGGAAACUUGUUCCUCUGAGUAAGAAGGUGGAGCGGAGGGAAAAACGGAGAGAGGAAAAGGCAUUAAUAGCUGCUCAGCUGGACAAUGCCAUCGAAAAAGAGUUGCUGGAGAGACUGAAACAGGAUACGUACGGUGACAUCUACAACUUCCCCAUCCACGCCUUCGAUAAGGCCCUGGAACAGCAGGAGGCAGAGAGUGACUCUUCAGAUGCUGAGGAAAAAGAUGAUGAAGAAGAUGAAGAAGAUGUGGGGAAAAGAGAGUUUGUGGAAGACGAUGAAGUGGAUGAGAGCGACAUAAGUGAUUUUGAGGAUAUGGAUAAACUGGACGCCAGCAGUGAUGAAGAUCAGGAUGAUAAAUCCUCCAGUGAAGAAGAAGAAAAAGCCCUUGAUGCCAAACACAAAGGCAAAACACCUCUGAGAGGGCCUUUGAGGAAGAAAAGAGCCUACGUAGAGAUAGAGUACGAGCAAGAGACAGAGCCCGUGGCCAAGGCCAAAACCACGUGAUUUCCCUUCAGACAUUUGUAAAUAGGACUGAACAUCUUCCUUUUUUACAUCUUAAACACAUAACACUUCUGGGUUUUGCUCUUCAUCUUGUUUUUUAACACAAUAUUUGUGUUUUUAAUAUUUAUGCUAGUUCUGUGGGGCAAAAAAUCUGGGAGUGGAGAAAAGCCUAAAUUGUGAAUAUUUUUAUAGCAUUGUUACAUGACAUGUGCUGAAGUAACAGCUUGAGCCCAAGAAGCAUAAGGGAUGAGUCUGUGGGUAUAAAUAUUUCUAAAUUUAAAUGUUACCCACUCACCCCUGUUUCCUUGGCAUCCUCCCUCUUGCAUGCCUCCCCCACCCCUUUAUUUAGAAAUGUCCAGAUUCCAUUUUUUCAUAUUCUCCUUUCCCUACUUCUGUGGGAGUUAAAAAGAAAGAAGGAAAGAGAAAGUUUAAGUUAUAAUGUUUAGUAUAAAUAUACCUUUUGCCUGAAAUAAUUCCAUUUAAAACAACUGGAAGAGAAAGAAAAUUCUUUUCAGGAAAGUAAUACAAGUCUUAAGUUGCGUCGCAGGGAGCGCCUUCAGAAAGCUGUUGCACUCUUCGGAUGCAGCUCCCCACCUGACUGUCUUCACAGCUGUGGAGGAUUUUAGCCAGGAGACCCUGAAACGUGAAACCAGACAGGCUUGUUUUUUUGAUUGUUACUGCACAUUGGUGGUUUUUUCUUGGUAUCAGACUCAAAGAAGGAAAGAACCGAUGACACCAGGGCAGUUCACAGAACUGGUGUGACUUUAGGAACUGGAAAUGUCCUACUGGCUCACGAAGCAGCAGCUUUCUACCAACCAGGAUGAAUCAGAUUAGAUCUAGGGCUUGAAAACUGAUGGAGGUUAAAAAGCCAAGAUGAAUAAAAUAUCCCUCAAUAUUUUUAGGAUGUUAAUUUCUUUUCAUGCUGCCUAUAACUUUAAAUUGAAGAUUUUGAGACAAUGAUUUAUAAAUUAUGUAUACAUGGACACACAGCUGUUAUAUGCGAUGGCUUGGAGAAGUAAACUUCUGUGGAAUAUGAGACCAAAGGAAGAAUUCCCACAUGGAUAAAUAAAGUAUGUGGAAAACA